GCGCCGCGGGCUCACGACCGGAACCGAACCCGGAAGUGACUGCACGGGACGGACCCGAUGGCGUCCUACUUCGACGAGCACGACUGCGAGCCUGGCCCGCCCGGCCCCGCCCUGCUGCAGCUCGCCCGGACGCUGUUCCAGGGCCAGGAGCUGGACCUGAGCUCGCUGGACGCUGCGGACUGGGACCAGCGCCUGCCUCCGCCCGCGGCCCGCCGGGUAGUGCGGGACCUGCCCGCUGUAUGCGUCACCCCCGCCCAGGCUGAAAAGGGGCUCAAGUGCCCCGUGUGCCUGCUGGAGUUCGAGGAGGACGAGCGUGCCCAGAAAAUGCCGUGCGAACACCUGUUUCACUCAGCCUGUCUCCUGCCCUGGCUGGGCAAGACCAACUCCUGCCCUCUGUGCCGUCAUGAGCUGCCCACGGACAACCCAGAGUAUGAGGAGUACAAGAAGGACAAGGUGCGCCGGCAGCAGCAGGAGCACCGUCUGCAAUAUCUGCAUGGGGCCAUGUACACGUGACGGCACAAGCCACAGCCCAGCCCUGGGACAGCAGCCAGCAGUGCCCAUUAAACCCAUCUCUGUCAGCCA